CACUGGGUUUGUUUUGGAAAACAGUCGGCGUUAGGGUAACAACUCAUUAGAAUUGCGCAUUUACUGAUGUUAGUCUCACUUUAUCGCAAUUGAAUAAUAAAAGCGAACUCUUCAGACCGUGAAGAAGACGUGUAGCGUGUAGAUUUUGUUGUUUCUUUUUCUUGACCUAAAUUUAAUGAGCUGCAAUGAUGACAUUUAAAAUUGUGUGUUACGAGUCUGACACGCGAAUUAACUAUAGUUUUUAGUUAAAUGAGUUUAGUGUGUCUUACGGUACGAAGCACUCAGUUUCCUUUUACGUCAAGAUGACGUGUUGUUGCAGGUCAAGCUAGAGUUUUUGAACGUUCACUGAAGACUAUAUUUACUCCUCGAAAUUAACUUCUCAGGAAAAUGUCUCAAAAAGCAAAAAAGAAAAAGAAGAAGUUGUCUUCUUCCUCAAGUGAAGACGAGAAGGUGUCCACAAGGCCAGAUGUCACCAAAAGUGACAAAAGUGUCAAGGGGAAGCAAGGUUCAAAGAGUCAGAAAAGCUGUGCAAAGGAAAAGGAAAAAUCUAUUUCUUCUCCUCUUAAAGAUGAUUCCCAAAGCACCCGACAGAUCAAAAAACCUGUCUACAGAUUGGCAAAAACACAAGCAACAGGGCAGAAACCAAUUAAUAAGGACAGACAAUAUCUAGAAACAAAACCUGUUGUCGUGCCAUUCCAUGGGGGACAUUGCUCCAGUAAAGCAAUGAAUUAUGUUUCAGGGGAAGAUAAAACUGUCACUCGAAGUGACAUCGUGGAAAGAAGAUCCUCAAAACUAUUGAACAUCAACAAUGCAGGUACAGUCCCUUGGAGAACAGAAAAGACGUCUAAAGGUGGAUUUGAUGAAAAAUCUUCCCAGAGGAGCCCGUCAAAAUUAAAAAUGCCUCUAGUGGGUCCCAGUUUAGUUUCUGCUAAAGGGAAAGAACUGAGACAGGCUGUGAAGAGGAGGGAGUGCAUGGCUGAGGACCCACUAAAGACGGGAAAUUACAGCAGCACUGUCAAGACUGAUGAACCUACGUCCUACGUCUCUGCUGAUUCUCUAGAACAUAAGAGAAGGCAGCUGGUCAAAGAGAUGUGCAAAAGGCAUGCAAAAAAGUUAAAGGGCAACAGAAGUUUGUGUAAAGAUGCAGACAGUUCCUCUGCCUCCAUCACAAAGAAGUCUUCCACUUCAGUCAAGCACACUGCCUCAGAAAGCAGCUCAGAGGCGCCGAUAAAUGUCACAUCAGUGUCACAUGAAGUGGUUCGGACAUCAGCAAUUCCAAAGCGAUUAAAUUCUAUCACGUUAUUGGUGCCUUCUAAUUUCAAGAUACCAAAAAAGGUUCAAUCAGAACCCUUAGAGAGCAAAGGUGAGAUUAAUGAUGCUCUUCCUACAAACCCAAAUUUCAGACAUGGGGCUAAACCUCCGGUGUCUGGGGUUUUAAUAAGUAACUCUAAAGAGGACACCAUGCAACAAACCCAGAGAUUUUUGAAUGUUGCAACAAAAUUCCCAUUUGAAAGGCAAGAUGCAAGGUCAUCUUUGUCUGGCCAGAUCCUGGAGACAAGUGAUACCAACACCGAGCCGUGGUAUGACCAGAUGCAAGUGGUUGAAGAGCUUCAUCUUGCCCGUUCUGAAAAGCGAUUGGAGGUGAAUGUCAUGGAGAGCUAUGGGGAGCUCACUGGCAUGGACAUAGAUUCUCCAGAAGAGGGACCUGCAGAUACAUGCUGCAGAAAGUCCCCACAGCAGAACCUAAUCCUCGUUCUGGACACCAACAUUCUCCUCAGCCACCUGAUCUAUGUGAAAAAGAUCCAGACUCAUGGCCUCGGAGGUCUGGGCUUCCCCAUAAUCCUCAUCCCCUGGGUGGUGCUUCAGGAAAUGGAUUCCCUAAAAAGGGGAAGAGGCCUUUCAGGUUCUGUGGCCCACCUGGCGACUCCAGCCAUCUCCUACAUUUAUAACUCUUUGAAGAGUCGGGAACCUCGCCUCUGGGGCCAAUCAAUGCAGCAGGCGGCAGAGAGCAGCAAUGGUCUGAAUGCUGAGAAUAAUGAUGACCGAGUGCUGCAGUGCUGCCUGCAGUACCAGAGUCUGUACCCAGAGUGUGCUCUCAUCUUAUGCACUAAUGAUAAGAAUUUGUGCAGUAAAGCCCUCCUGAGUGGGGUGAAGGCCCUCUCCAAGAAUGAUUUGGAGGCAGAGGUUGAGAGAUCUAAACAUGACCUUCACAUCAUAGAAGGUAUUCAGGCUCCUGUGCCACCUCACAACAAUCCUCAAGUCUUGUCACCAGUGCUGAGCGGGAGUUGCCCACCAAUCCAGCCACAUGGUCAAGAGAAAGCAGACAUUUAUAUGGGAGUCAUACAGAAAGACAGCAGGCAGCUCAGUGAAGGAGAUGAGGAGACAAACUGGGACCUCAGCAGAUGUAUUUCUGCACUAGAAGAAUGUCUGCAGGAGGUGCUGUCUGAUGUGUUACAGGUGGAGAUGAAGGCCGCUUAUGAUGACCUCUGGUUAGAGAUAGUUUAUCUGAAGCCACCGUGGACCCUUCGAGAUGUCUUGCAGUGUUUAAAAAAGCACUGGAUUGCUGUUUUUGGACACUUUGUCCCACGGAGGAAGCAGCAAAUCGUUUCAGAACUCAUAAACUUUUUCAACUCAGGUGAAAUAGACCCUCGAGCUGUCUCAGUGCCCAUUCAAGAAGCUAAAGAGCUUUUGAAAGCUUUUCAGAGAAGCUCAAAGCAUGUUCCACGUGCCAUCUCUGUACUGGACAACAUUUUCAACAAGCUACAACCUCAGCCAAAUCUUUCUAUGGACCGCGAAUCUUCUGCCUGUGAUGUUGUCAUGAAUGAUGAUGAUAACGAAGACAAACAACCCACGUCUGCCCAGGUCUCUCACCAGGAAGUGUGGGCCGUGUUUGAGAGCAUCUGGUCUAAUGUGUAUCAAGGAAGUUUGGAAGUGUUCAAAGCUCUGGGCUUUGACCCGCACACCAUGCAGUGUGUUCAGCCAGAGGGAGGCCCUCCACUACCACAGGACGCCUUGGCCUGUUUGCACAAACUGUCCUCCAUGGUCUCGCAGCUGCUUCAAGCUUUCAGCAGUGUCUUAUCAUCAGCCUCUGGCUUAGAGGAAGCCCAGACACUGCUUAGCAUCAUCCACUCCAAUAAGAUUGUAACUGAGAAUUCCAGAUUAACAGCCAAAGACCUUCUUGAUUGUUUUUCACAACCAGACUACAGGCAAAAACUCAGAGUGGGAGGGAGCCAAUUAAUGGAGCUUCAACAGGCCUUGAAACACUGUAUUCAAGCUGCAGACACUGGCCCACCCACCCCCACCCCAAUCCCAAUCGCAAUCCGUGGAUGGGUUCGAGGGAGUUGGGGUGAAGAAGGAGGGGGUAUAACGGAGACCAAGCGUUACACGUCCCACUCUCUAGCCACCAUCUUGGUUUUCUUUCACUUUGGAUUUUGAUUUUCAAUUACUGUCAGUCUGUUCUGUCCAAAUGUUCCAGUGAGAAACUGCAACACAAUGAAUUUUCUUUUUAUAAAAGUGAAUGCUGAUAGUUCAGUGCAUAUUUUGGAAGCAUUUUAUAGAGCUUAUUUCAGAGCCUAUUUUGACAACUAAACCUGAAGUAUUCAGCUUUGGGGAUUCUUGAUUAAAGUGAAGAAUUAAAAAUGUAACACCAUAGGUUUUAUUAAUACAAAAAGUUUGUUUAAAGUAAGAAAUUAAAUGUUGUGAAUGCUUCUUGGUUUUGAAUCAUUAAAAGACUUUUUUCA